AGAUGCGGAAAAUGGUCUGCCAAGUUUAGAACCUCUGGAGGCACCCCUUCCUACCGUGUACGAAGGGCGUGAAAAAAUCAAUGAGAGCCAAUGACGCGCAAUUCAUCUCCAACAGAAGUUGUAGCAGCGCUUGGUGGAUCAUUGAGGCGUAAAUAUAAGGUGUAAAUGUAGAUGUCUUGACAGCGUGACUCUUUUGUUCGAGAAGAAGCGGGCAUGCGUGUGUGAACAACUUUUAAUGCACGUGCAAUGUGUCAUGCCAUGAUGAUGAUAGAGAUCAUGGUAAAAAUGCGCCGCAGUGCAUAAUUAUCCCAUUUCUGAAAAAAGUACAACAGGACUAGAAGUAGAACUCACUUCGUGAUCACUCAAGGUUUUCCAUUCUUCUGCUUGUGCAGUUCACGUCGCAUUAGGCGUCCUAACUGUCUUGUUUCUCGAAGCUUCCACAAGGCUCCGUUGAAAUUCACCAAGAGCUCACCAAUUUUUGCUUGUUCAUUACAGCAAACAAAACAAACAAAAUGAAGCGCGUCGCUGCUGUUGCUGUUAUCGCUUGCUCCGUGCCAGUUUUGGCCGUGAAGCCAGGAAAAAAGGUACUUGAAUACCAGACUAAUCAUGUUCAGCCGUGCGCCUAUUCUUCUUCAUACCUGUACUUCCAUGAAGAUGUUGUGGUACAUGAUAUGUAGUUGUUGUAGUUUCUACUGAUGUUGGGAAAUAUUCGUAACUCGAUGUUUCAAGUCAAAAUUCACUGAAUCCGUUCAUUCCCAGAUGGUGUGCGCUGCCAUGGCCGGUGGCACUGCUGCAUGCUUCGGUGGAGCUGCUUUGGGCUAUAUUGCUGCUUCAGCGGAUCCGGAUUUCAGGUGCCAUGGCAUGCAAAAGACUGUUCAAGAAUUGACGGGGAAAGAUGUGGACUUCUGUGGCGGUGAGACCCAGAUCUACAAUAAAUGCGUCGAUGCGGCAAAUGCAGUAGGCCUUGCAGCUGACAGUGGCCUUUGCACUCCCGUUCAGGUAUUCAGCAACUUUAGCGUAAGUAUUUCUACUCCUAUUUAUUUUGCCUAUGCAGUUUAUCCGGAGGUAGGGGUGGAAGGGUACCGCGACGGGCGGUUUCCGACGCGAUAGAUUUCUAGGUCGACUGGACCCUCAUGGAUAAUGAAAGCAGCUCCCAUCUCCGCCUCUUGCUUCACCGGAAGAAACACUAGAGAGAUGCAUCUGUGCUCUGUCUUUGAUAGCUGCCCGGCGUAAUUUCUUUGAGGAUAUUGUAUAUGAAAUUAUUCACUUCAUCUCCAUUUAUUGGGCUCAUGACCAUCCAAAACAAAAGAUUCGAACCUGAUAUCUUUUCAGAUGGCGCGUGAGAGCGUUCUUCCAUUGUGCGAGACCAAGGCUGCCGAAUAUGGCGAAGGAUGGAAAGCAUACUGCCGACCGGCGAGCAAUCAGGAAACAAUCAAGGAGUUAAGGCCUUGGAUAAAUCUAUCACUUUAGACCAUAUUAAGAUAAAAAGGCCCAGUAAAUCACAUGAACUCUUCUAUUAAUUUACAAUCUUGUAAACAGAUCAGACUCUGUUUGAAGUACAAGGAAGUCUUUGUCGGAUAGGAUAAUCAUCCGGGGUUCAGGAUUCAGCUUCAGAGACUUCGCGUCUUGUAGACUAGUGGCAGUAGGACAGCGGAGUGCACUUCAAGGGUGCUGCGAUAAAAGCCCUAGUACAUGAACAACAGAAUUACUCUUUUUUUCAACAUCGAUCCAUGACAACUUGGUUCGUAGAAAAUAGAACAAAAUUUUCGUAGAUCUAGGAUAACGCUAAUGCAUGAUCUGAAGGCUUUGGGAGACCGAGCUCACGGUAAAUGCACCGAGCUCACGGAAAAUGCUCCGGACGCCUUGAAGCCGGUGUGUACGCCGUCAACGGCAUUCGCCAAUGCUUAUGCUGUUGGCCAAGAGGCGUACCUCGGUGCCCAAGAGCGUUUCACAAAGAUGCUCGCUGGCGAGAACGCCUCGAACGCGUCCUCAAGCAGUGCUCAGAGAGAGGCUGCGACUGCUGUUGAAGUAGCCGAACCAGUAGCCGAAGUAGAGGCCAUGAACGUUCAGGAGGAGCAAAAUCAGCAGGACCAAGAUCAGAUGGAAGUGGAUGCCUAAAAUGUCCACCAUGGGAAUAUGGUAUACCUCCAUCUCUGGGUCAUUUCCUGAGAAGUACGACACGGUGUUGUAAGUAAUUAUGUUGUACAUGAUAGAUAGUUGUUCACUUCUUGCAAGUCGUGGUUGAUCCGAGGGAGGACAGAAGAAGGCUGUGGGAUCACUGAUUUUGCAGACUUCUCCGCAUAAAACAGCAUACAUGUAUUCAUUUGAAAAUAAAGAAAAAAUCUAGAGUAGAAGAGACUCGUUCUAUGAUACUUUCUGCUCUCCAAGAAACGCAAAGUCUUGAAAUGGAAAAUUUAUUACGAAUUCAAACAAACGAGACUGGUUUAGCUUCUAGUUUGUGUGCCUCGUUUUAGAAAUCAAGAAUGCAGUACUUUGUCGAUGGGGUAUAAUUGAUUGAGAAUAUUAUAUAUCUAACUUUUAAAUACACAAAAUCUUUGUAGACGAUGACUUCAGUGGCGUCGUGUUACCGACAAGCGCACGCGUUCAACAAAACCAAAACAGCAACGAACAGACGAGCUACUCGCUAGCUGCGAUAAGUUUAUUAUAACAAGAAGAACGACACAUACAGACAUGUGGUACAGUACGAGCAACACAUAGCAUAUCUUUUCUGCGAACAUGAUUCAUGAGCUGUUGUAUAAACCUCUAAAGGCGGUCGGACAAGGUAUCGUCGCCGAAUCCCAUGACAUUUCUUGAUAGAAGGCCUAAUUAAACAACCAUAGUGGAAUAGAAGCGAAUGGCGAUGAUGAAGACUCAUUUCUUCACAGACACGGAUGAAUGAACAUGGAUAUAGUUCGAGCUAUCUCAGAGUUGUAGAUCUUGGAGUUCUUUGGCGAUUCGCUAUUGUUCCUUGGUCCAUUAUGGGCAAGCGGUUGAUGCAUGACGUUCACGAUUUGUAAUGGCUGUGGUGUGAGGUAGUGGCCAUCCUGGCGAGACUUGUGCUGCUUGUUGUCGGAUCUCCAUUGCCAUAAGCAAUUAAAGACAUCCAUGUCAUGUUGUAUUAGAACGAACAAAAACAGCAUUAGAAUAAUUGACCGACAAAACUAUGGACAAGGGAUACAGAAAGUGAGCAGCUGCCUUGUUGUGUCUGACGCUGUCUACCCACUAAAAUCGAAC